ACAGUAAUCCGCCGCUAUCACCGCGUAUAACGCCAGACCUCAGGAAACUCGCAGAAGCCCCUCUUUCAAACCAUCCCAAAUAUCCUCAAUUCCCUACAUUCUUCCAUUAACCCCACCUCGACCGCAAACCUCUACCGACCACUUUUUACCCAAAGGUUCUUUACCAACACCGCCAAAAUGAGCGAAGAAAAGAAGGGCGUACACAACCUCCAGAGCAAGGCGGAUUUCGACGCAGCGAUGGCCGACCACGACACACUCAUGGUCCUCGACUGCUUCGCGACAUGGUGCGGCCCUUGUAAAGUGAUCGCUCCCCAGGUCGUCAAGUUCUCCGAGGCCUACCCCAACGCGCGCUUCUACAAGAUCGACGUCGACGAAGUCCCCGAUGUCGCGCAGGAGCUCGGCAUCCGCGCCAUGCCUACAUUCCUGUUCUUCAAGGGCGGUGACAAGGUCGCCGAGGUUGUGGGAGCCAACCCCAAGGCACUCGAGGCCGCUAUCCAGAGCAACAUCGCAUAGAACGCAGCAGUCCCUAAACCGCCUCGCAAACUUCGUCGCUUUCGCUCAAAGGAGUGAGCCCAUGUAUUGAUGGAUCGACAUUGUUUGUCUUGGAGGAAGAUGAUGGACAGUUGUUGGGAAACGGGGUAUUACUAUAAAGUCCUCUGAAUACCAACCUCUACAAUUGCGCUCUG